CUGCCUCGUGUCGUGGUUGCACCUUCGGCACCGUCACACGCGGUUAAGCCACGAUUCCUGGCGCGCGCCAAGAGAGAGGGGCGGGGGGGGCUGUGACCUCUGGGCAUGACUCGACUCGAUGGAAACGUCUCGGCACUGCCCAGGAUCACCGGGUGUCGAAAUUGAUCUCGCUCCUGCGGACGGGCGGAUUUCAUCGCUCGGUCUCCUUGGUGGACGCGUCCUGCCCGCCCGCCACUCCAUCACGAGUCUCAACCACAGAUCAUCGUCCUUCGUGGCGACGUGGAUCAGAUCGGGGACGGGCGCAGGCGAAUCGCAUCGGCUUCACUGGGAAGAAGAGUCGCUCGGAGGUGGCAACACCAUGACGGGUCUUCCCACUGCUUAUGUCGACGCAAACUCCAACGCAGGCGCUACGUUAUGCGGCCGACCUUUAUCCGUGAACAGGCACACGCGGGGCCGGGGGCUCUCUUCCGCUCGGAGGGCGCCGUCGCGCGACAGUGGACGUGGAAAAUCUCCCAGCGAGAAAGUGGGCUCCGGUGACUCCACACGAUCGGCCGCUCUCGGUCCGCGGCUGACGGUCGCCGCAAGCCCCUUGGCGUCAGUUAGCACCGUGCCCCGGGACACGCUCCACACCGCUGGACCCCGGCACAUGACCAAGGCUCCCGCCCGCCCGCCGCCUCCGGCAGUAGCCGCUGGCGCCGCGGUGUGCUACGAGAGCGACCGAAACGCAUCGGCCAAUCGCGGCGUCGGCUUGGCAGCGUGCGCGGCCCGUCGUGCUGCUCUGCAAGCCGGCUCGGAGCGAUGA